AAAAACAGAUGGAGCUAAGAGAAAGGGGAAAAAGAGGAGGUGCAGAGAUGUUGCUACAGAACUGUGAAAAGGAAAAAAGACCCAAGGCACAAAAACAAGUGGAAGUGAGGACAAAGAAAGAAAGAAGCAUACAGACAGAAUAAGUGAGAUGCUCAGACACACACACCUCCUUCUACUUUCCCUCCUGAUGACAUUAAAUCUCUGCAUCACCUCGACAGGGAGAGCUCUACGCAAACAGAAGCAGAUGGACAGUGAGUUGAAGCCAUAUGUGGGUCGAGUGGAUGCAGUGGCCUUGUGUGGGUUAAUGAAGUGUUACAGUCCCACUGGAUCUCAGUGUCAGGUGGUGAAGAAUGGAGAUAUUCUCGUCCCAAAGUGUGUGUGUCCAAUAACCUGUCCUCGACAGAAUGCGCCAUUGUGCAGCGUUUUAGGUAAAACCUACAUCAAUGAGUGUCUUCUUCACAAAGAAUCAUGCCGCAAAAAACAACGUAUUGGAAAGGCACAUGAUGGACCAUGUUUGGAGGCUGGGGUGUGUUCAGAUCUGGAGCUUGGUCAGUUCCCCUACAGGCUGCUUGACUGGUUCUUAUUAAUCAGUAGAAUGGGAAAACAAUACACAGCAGCACACACAACCAGCUGCAUCACAAACAGACACAGAGUACAACUUGCACAGAACUGGUUCUCUAUUUUGGAUCGAAAUAAAAAUGGGAAGUUAAGUAUGAAGGAUCUGAAGAAGCUUCACUAUAAGAAGAUGCCACUGGAACACUGCGCCAACACAUUCUUUAAGUCAUGUGACAAGAACAGGAAUAAUAAAGUGACCGUGAAUGAGUGGAUUUCCUGUUUGGUGGAUCGAUCUGAGCGAUGGUUUAAUGAAUACAUGUCAAUGAAAAUGGGCUCAAGGAAACUGUGUGAUCAGCGUAGCAGCACCGACACGGAGAACAGCUCUGAAUAAAGAAGAUUUAAAAACUAUUACUUAAAUAUUCAUUUAUUCCACUAUUAUUAUCCUGAAUGAUCCUGCCUAGUACAAAUGAUUAAAUGAUUCAAAUCCUUUCUUUUUUAUUUUUAAUUUGUAAUUAUUUCUUUUAUUUUCUCCCUUUUAUUCUUUCACUUCAUUCUUUCUUUUACUCUUAUUUU